AAAAAAGGAGGGAACCGGGGAGCCCACGGCCUGUUGCUAAGCCUUGAAGGAAGCUCUGCGCUUAGGGACUGCAGUCGUGCUCCUUGUUAGUAUAUUGGCCAUUAUUUCCCUGACACAGGGCAGACGGGGCUUCGCUUCCACCACCUGGAAGGGUGGCUGACCUCAUAAACCUGCUGACUUGUGGGAGCACCUGGAAUAGCAAUGUCAGAAAAAGUCAAUAACUUUCCUCCACUGCCAAAGUUUAUCCCUCUGAAACCCUGCUUCUACCAGAACUUUUCUGAGGAGAUUCCAAUAGACCACCAAUUUAUCGUGAAGAGGAUUUAUCAUUUAUGGAUCUUUUACAGUAUCACACUAGUUGUGAAUCUCAUUGCCUGCCUCGCGUGGUGGAUUGCCGGAGGUGAUGGAGUGAACUUUGGUUUGGCUGUCCUUUGGCUGCUUCUCUUCACUCCUUGUAGCUAUGUGUGUUGGUUCCGACCUGCCUACAAAGCCUUCAGGGCUGACAGCUCUUUUAAUUUUAUGACAUUUUUCUUCGUCUUUGGCGCGCAGUUUAUCCUGACCAUCUUUCAAGCAAUCGGCUUCUCCAAAUGGGGAGUGUGUGGCUGGUGGUCAGCAGGCUUCUUCAGGACAAACGUUGUAGCUGCUGUGUUCAUGAUCUUCCCAGCCAUAAUGUUCACGCUAUCAGCCGCCAUGAUGUGUGUGGUCCUUGUGAGGGUGCAUAGGUUCUACCGUGGGUCCGGUGGUAGCCUUCAGAAAGCCCAAGAUGAGUGGAGAAGUGGAAACUGGAGGAACCCACCCAGCAGGGAAGCGCAGUUCAACAACUUCUCAGGCACAAGCCUGCCUGAGUACCCCACAGUGCCCAACUAUCCCUCCGGAAGCCAUUGGCCUUAGACUAAGCCUAGCGGUCCCCAUCCCCACCAGGUGCCCAGCCGCUAGCACCUUCCUUUGGCUUUUUUUGAUUUGAAAAUUUGUUUGCAUUUGUUCUCCCCACUCCCUCCCCCAUCAUCCAGUGGGGGUUAGGGACUGGGGAAAGGUUACUUUACUUUUCUGUGGAAGAGACCAAGCUUCCCCAAAUAUGAGGUUUCCUUUGGAGCAUCCUUUAUAAUUUGGUACAUAACAUUUAUUUGUGCCUGGCUGCCAGUAUUCAUUCAUCUCACUUCAGUCACUUUGCUGUCACAGGCCAGGGAGGCUUUUGCAACCAGCUUGCAGCAGUAAUAGCAUGACUGCC